AUGAAUUUUGGCGAGAAAAGGCGCUCACUCACGAGCGAAAACGCGGAUCUUACCACAAAGAAGAACGUAUUUGAGGACCGACGGCUUCAGCGGAGACUUCAAGAGCUUGAAGAACUUUCUUUGAAACAACAAAAGAAGCGUCAAGAAGAACAACUAGACUUCGCCCUUGAGAAUCUUUCUCUUGAGGACAUGAGAAGGUCCAACGGCCUUACGAAAAAAAUUCUCAGGUCGAAUUUUCUUCCUCCUAUCAUUCGCAAAGCAAGUGCAAGAGAGGGAACAAGAAGCGCUGCUGAGGUUCGUGGAAAUGACCAGGACCUGCUUCUAGAAAGACUGCGUGGAUCGAAGAUAGCUCAGCGAUAUUUGAGCGACAAGGGCACACGGAAAUUAACCAGGAGUUUAUCUGCAGACGCAGGAAUGAUAUGCGCACAGUCUGGAUUAUCAACUGGUGAUCAACAAAACAAGUCAGGUCCUUAUUCGGCUUUCGUUAAACUGCAAACCCAUCGCCGGCUAUCAGAGUCAUAUACCAAGACUCAAAAGCUUAGCUAG